GGCUGGCCCUACGGCCACCGCAAGGGGGCCAGCCGCCAGCGACACCAAGAGUGCUGGAGCACCCCACCCCACCUCCUCCCGUCCUCUGUGCCUCUCCAGCGUCAGCCUCCACAGACCAGAGACCACAGCCGCGCGUGAAGAAUCUGAUUCCGGUGCCCCGGCCCAGCCAGCCAACGCCCUCUUCGACUCACCCGACGCCGCGCCGGGAGCGGCCACCGCGCCGGCGCCCGCGCAAAUCCGGAGCGGGCGCCCCCUCUACGGCUCUACCUCCGGCGAUGCGCCGCUCCCCGCGCUCGUGACGCAUGGCCUCGCUCUCCGCUCCUCCCACGCUCCCGCGGGCUUCGCCGGUGGUGGUUGGCGCGGCGAGGGGGAGGAGGGCCGCGGUGCGGGUGCGCACUGCCGCCGCGGCGUUGGGCGGGGGGUGCGGCGGCGGCGGCGGCGGCGGAAUGGAGAAGGACCCCGGGGACGGCCCGCGCAGCACAGUGAAGGAGAAGCCCGUAAUGUCAAACAUUGGGAAAUCAACUAAUAUUCUAUGGCAUAAUUGCCCGAUUGAACAAUCAGAUAGACAGAUGUUGCUGGGACAAAAAGGCUGUGUUGUAUGGAUCACAGGACUCAGUGGUUCAGGAAAAAGUACUCUUGCUUGUGCAUUGAGUCGGGAGUUGCAUUACAGAGGCCACCUCACGUAUGUCCUUGAUGGUGACAACCUCAGACAUGGCCUAAAUCGAGAUUUAAGCUUCAAGGCAGAAGACCGUGCAGAAAAUAUACGAAGAGUUGGAGAAGUGGCAAAGCUUUUUGCGGAUGCUGGUAUCAUAUGCAUUGCUAGCUUGAUAUCUCCAUACAGGAGAGACCGUGAUGCAUGCCGUGCUCUACUUCCGGAUUCUAAAUUUAUUGAAGUAUUUAUGGAUUUGCCCCUACAAAUUUGUGAAGCUCGUGAUCCUAAAGGUCUGUACAAGCUUGCACGCACAGGAAAGAUUAAAGGUUUCACUGGAAUUGAUGAUCCAUACGAACCACCAGUGAAUGGUGAGAUAGUAAUCAAGAUGAAAGAUGGGGAAUGCCCUUCGCCAAAAGCAAUGGCCAGGCAAGUUCUGUGCUACCUUGAAGAGAACGGAUAUUUGCAAGCUUAGCCACAUAAGUGUGAAGAUUGAUCUGAUUCUUUUGUGUCCAUUACUCGUGGACACAAGCAUGAUCCAUUGAUCGAGAAUAAAAGGCAUCCACACGAAGCAAGCAAUAGAGGUGCAGUUCAUUCAGAGACAGAUUCUGAUUCAUUCGUUUUAUUGUCGAGGCUAUUUGUUCUAUCUUUAGUGUAUUGUGCUUGUAUCUGCAUCAGCAAUUCAGCACACGUUGGUUUAACUCGCGUUGACCUUGUGCGCGAAGGCUGGUGGGUGUUCUGUGUUUGCGAGUUGUGUUUUUGAGAGGAACUUUGCGAGUUGUGUUGGUAAUGUAGUAUUUGAUAUAGAAAGUAAGUGCAGAUAAAUUAUCCAAAUUGUAGACCAGUCGUUUCCGCUUGGAAUAAAAGUCAGGAAAGUUGUAAAACCUUCCGUAGAGUUCAUA